AUGGAUUCCGGGGACGACUCGGGCUCGGACGCGCCACUUGGAUCGACAUUCUCCUCGGUUCCCAAUUUAGACUCUGACACCAACGCCAACAUCCGUAUCUAUGAGAACGGUGGAGAGCGGAAUGUUGACAACAUGGAAACUGCAGCGCUGAGAGGGGCAAGCGACCCGAGCGCGUACCCCUUGUCGGAUUAUCGGGGACUGGUCCGUCAGAGGUUUAUUCGCAGAAGUUUGUGGUUUUCCGACGCGGACGACCAAGCGUUGGACGCGCCAGAAUGCGUCAACAGUACUCCAAUGCUCAGCGUCCACCUGCGCACCAUCGUGGACCGAACCCGCGCGCUCGGACCUCGCGUGGCUUUCCAGGUCCAGGAGAGCUCGAGCACCGAGAGCCAAGUGGGGCAGAAGGACAGUGCGACUGAGAGUGUGAGCGCGGAUGAAGAGAAGGAGAGGAGCGAGGCCGAGCCAAAACCAGACGAUGCAGCUGCACCGUCGCCUGAUACCACCGAGAAAGCGGGGAUUGACGAGAACGAGGAUGAGAACGAGAUAAAAGCCGUGUCCACCUCACCCGGGGGCCGGUUUCUCAAGUUCGAUACUGAGAUCGGGAGAGGGUCAUUUAAGACCGUCUACAAGGGUCUGGACACAGACACCUGGGUAGAAGUUGCUUGGUGUGAACUCCAGGACCGUAAGCUGACCAAAGCAGAGCGUCAGAGGUUUAAGGAGGAGGCAGAGAUGUUGAAGGGUCUUCAGCACCCCAACAUUGUACGUUUCUACGACUUCUGGGAGUCACCGGUCAAAGGGAGGAAGUGCAUCGUUCUGGUGACAGAGCUCAUGACCUCAGGGACACUAAAAACGUAUCUGAAGCGGUUUAAGGUGAUGAAGCCUAAGGUUCUGAGGAGCUGGUGUAGACAGAUCCUGAAGGGGCUCCACUUCCUCCACACCAGGGACCCUCCCAUCAUCCACAGGGACCUGAAGUGUGACAACAUCUUCAUCACCGGCCCCACCGGCUCCGUCAAGAUCGGGGACCUGGGAUUGGCUACCCUCAAGAGGGCCUCCUUUGCCAAGAGUGUCAUUGGCACCCCAGAGUUUAUGGCCCCUGAGAUGUAUGAGGAGCACUAUGACGAGGCGGUGGACGUCUAUGCCUUUGGCAUGUGUAUGUUGGAGAUGGCCACCUCAGAAUACCCUUACUCCGAGUGCCAGAACGCCGCUCAGAUCUACCGCAAAGUCACCAGCGGGGUGAAGCCUGCCAGCUAUGAUAAGAUCAGUGACCCAGAGAUUAAGGAGAUCAUCGGGGAGUGUAUCUGCCAUCGGCGGGAAGAGAGGUACAGCAUAAAGGACCUCUUGAACCAUGCCUUCUUUGCCGAGGACACAGGCGUGAGGGUGGAGCUGGCCGAAGAGGACGAUGGGAAAAAGAGUUCCAUCGCCCUGAAGGUGUGGGUGGAGGAUCCCAAGAAGCUGAAGGGGAAGUACAAAGACAGUGGUGCCAUCGAGUUCACCUUUGACCUGGAGAAAGAGACCCCAGAGGGCGUGGCCCAGGAGAUGGUAGAUUCAGGCUUCUUCCUGGACAGCGAUGUGAAGAUUGUAGGAAAGUCCAUCAAGGAUCGAGUGGCUCUCAUCAAAUGGAGGAGGGAGCGAACCGUCCCUGCAGUCGAGACCCAGACCCAGAACCUGCUACAGGUGCCCAGCAUGGGGGUACCACGACAGGGGGCGCAACUGGCCCCAACAGAGCCAGAGGAGGCAGAAGCCGACCAGCCCCUUACCCUGAUCUGCAGCCUGCCCGCCCACGCCACCUCGACCACAUCUGAUGGUGCAGUGGACCUUAUGGUGCUGUCAAAUGUUAAAAACGGUCAGCCCAGUGCACCAUACCAGUCCAUCCCAGAGCCCAUCUCUACACCCCAGGUGGUCUACAGCCCCCCUGUGCAGCCCCAGGCCCAGCUGCACCAGGGAGCCUACCAGAAGUCCACUGCACAGCCUCCCCAAGUGGCCUACCCCUUAGCUACUACCACACAGCUUCAUCAGGUACCCUACCAGCAAGCCACCACUCAGCUGCACCACGGGGCCUACCAGCAACCUAAAGCACAGCUUCACCAGGGGGACUACCAGUCUCCACCUCGACACUUCAGUGAGCCCUUUGCAUUCCAGAAUGCUCUUCGCUCCCCAGAGAUGACAGGAGAGUUCUUGGUUGGUUGUGGGACCAAUGAGAGUACAGUGUGUUGUGGUGGGAGCAAUCUGUGCGCUAGACGUGGAAGCACCUCCUUGAUUGACAUGUGCAGGACCCACUCCCUCCCUAAGCCUCUGUGCCGUUCUCCCUGCCACCUCUGUCCCAAACGAGACAAGGUCACACAUCGGAGCCCGGAGGGUAACAGAAACUCAGAGGAGCACGCAGCAGCCACGGUCCCCACUUUAGACUCUCCUCCCCCUCAGUAUUCUGUCCUCUCCCCUCACCUGUCCCAGCACCAUCAGUGUUCCUACCAUGACUCAAUCAAUCAAUCAGUCAAUCCCCCACAUCCUGCCAUCCUGGUUACAAAUCCUGUACGACGCUCCUCAGACCUCCCUCUACCCCACUCCCGCAGGGCCUGUGUGAGUUUUGACCUUCUACUAAGAACUAGGAUGGAGGCUGGGGGGUCUCUAGGCCACCUUUACACGCCUCCCCUCCCUCCCUCCCCCCAGCGCUCAUCAGUACACACCCCCUCCCUAGUCUCCCCCCAGCUUCUCUCACUGCUCAAUCGCCCUCUAAUCACCUCCCCCCUGUCGGCUCCUCCAUCUCCCUCACAUCUUUCCCCGCCUCCUUCCCUAUUGGUCCGCUCCUCCAGUGGAGAUCUCUCCCUGCUCGACCACUGUCUCAGCCACAUCGUCAGUCGCAGGAGAAGCUCCCCAACACCCCUACACGCCCCGUACCGGCCCAGCCAAAGCUAUGGAGAGGCUAGGGUUCGCGGGACCAGCUCCCCUACUUCCCCAGACAGCGGGGCCUAUUGGCCCAGCCAAAGCCAGCCCACCUCUCCAGUGCCUGAGCAUUCUGACCAAGGCCUGGGUUUGGAAAAGUCCCUGCUUCUAUCACCAAAUGGUUCAAUGCCCAGUGCAGGGUGGAUCCAGGCCCAGGCCCAGGCUCAGCCAGCCUCUGCUCCAGCCACCCCAGGGCCUCCGAUACAUCAGAACGGCCCCACGGCCCCACAGAGCUUCCCAGCUGCUGCCCCUCUCACCACUGUACAGGCACAGGCGCAGCCUGCUGUUACAGCCCAGCCUAGCCACGAGUUGUCUGCCAGCCAGCCUCUACCUCAGCAGUGCUAUGACAUCACCAUCAGUCUUGCCCAAUCAGCUGCCUGCCUGGGCAGCAAUGCUUCUACCCCUCUACAGCAGCCUUCCCAGGCCACGCCCCCUCUCCAGCCACUGCAGAUCAGCACACAGGUCCAGUCUGGUGCCCCUCAGGACCCCCAUGGAGAGGCUCAGGUGUCGGCCCCUGCUCCGCUCCACCCCGUCCAGCCUGCCAUCCUCUCCCCACCCUGGAGGGCCGAGGUGGUGGACCCCGAACCUGCUGCUGCAGCCGGAUCUGACCAGACUGUCCCUGAGAGCCCAGCCCGGGUCCCACGCCUGGAUCCGGUUCCAGCUGCAGCCCUGAAGCCCGCUGGCAUCCAGAUAGCAGCCCCAGUGCCUGACGGUUUCAGCUUGUCCACGACUCAGCAGAACCUGGACACUGCAUCUAUGUCCACCUCUUACCAACCUGAGACCAGCCAAGAGGAGCCACUGCAAGAGAAACCCAUGGCGUUUCACAGUUACCCAGGCUAUGACAGCUUCAACUCAGACGUGGCGUCGGGUAAGGAGAUGAGUGAUGGCUGCGAUGGCUCGGCCAGUGGCGGGAAGGGGGACGGGAAGACCCGGAAACACCACCGCAAAUCGGCCCGCACACGCUCCCGCCAGGAGAAGACCAACAAGCCCAAACUGAGCAUGCUCAAUGUGUGCAACACAGGCGAUAAGAUGGUGGAAUGCCAGCUGGAGACUCACAAUCACAAAAUGGUGACCUUCAAGUUCGACCUGGACGGAGAUGCUCCGGAGGAGAUAGCCAUUUACAUGGUGGAGAAUGGCUUCAUCCUGCCCAUAGAGAAGGAGAUGUUCAUUGACCAGCUGAAAGACAUCGUGGACAAGGCUGAGGACAUGCUGAGUGAGAACAUGGAGGGAGAGACGGCCUCCGCCCUGGGGGGCAGUCCCCAACUGGGACACAGCUCUGGGGGGCUGGGGGGAGAGAUUCAGCAGCCCGGAGCACACCAUCCUGUUUAUCAGCAGAAUGUGCUCCACACAGGGAAGAGAUGGUUCAUCAUCUGCCCAGUGGAGGAGCAUCCCACCUCCAGCCAGGAUGGAACUACAAACAUAACUGCUGAUGGGACUACAACUGCUCAGCCUGACAGGACUACAAUUGCACAGCCUGAUGGGAUUACGGUGCCUGGCCAGUCUGCUGAAGGUGGCACUGCAGGGACUGCUUCAGGCAGAGUAUCAGCGUCGUCCUCCAUAGCUAACUCAGUUUCUGGGGGGAGUGAAGGCUUCGCCUACGAGGGCUAUGGCCUCUGUAGCCCUCCCAUCCUGUCCUCCACAGACCCUCUCCUCCUGGCCAUGUCCCAUGUCCCAGCCCCCUCAGGCCCCCCAUCUGUCCACCCAGGACCUCCUCCAGAGGGCCAGACCCACAGUUCUACCCUUCCCAGGGUGCAUCACACCCAGCCAGCCUCGGCUCCUCCAGUGGCCCCCUCUGGAGGUCGCCGCAGCUUCCUGUCCGGAGAGGAGCACCAGGGAGGAGGGCGUCUGGGUGCCAUCUCUCCCAUCCACGCUGCCCAGCAGAUGGCAGAGAUGGCGUGCACUGCCUCCAUGGUGGAGGAGGUGCCCUGUUGCCCGCUGGUCAUGCCCCUGUCCCUGAACGUGAGUUGUGAUGCCCAAGGGAGCUCAACUCCCCUCACCCCUCUGCCCCCCCAGGACCCCCCUACUUCCUCAGCCAGAGAGUCCCUACAACUCUCCUACCCCUCUGUUUCCCGCGGCGACCGCUCCCAGCAGCCCGUGGUGCUCCAUCAGCCUUUCUCUUCAGUGGGCGGAGCCAAGGCCCCCUCGUUACCCCAGAGCCCGGCUCCCCACCAGCACACGGCAGGGGGGCCCAGUGAGUCGGACGGGGAGGGUCGAGGGGUGGGGGGUCGGGGGGGCUUUGUGGACAGCACCAUCAAGACUCUGGAUGAGAAGCUGAGGAACCUGCUGUACCAGGAGUACGCUCCCAUGUACCCAUCAGGCACUGCUGCGGAGACACCCGGCUCGGGGACAGAGUACGUCCAGUCCCCUCCUGGGCCCGACAGUGCCACCCUGGGGUCAGGAAACAGCACACCUGGACCCAUGGGGGAAGGGCGCUACCGGACAGGGGAACAGCUGCCUCAGAUUCCAGAGAGGAUGGACAGUUUAAGCGCGUUGAGUGAUUCUGCCAUGUGUGCCCCCAUGUCUAGGAGAAAGAACAUACUCCACUCUACCUCCUGCUCUGGUUCGGGCGCCAGUGGCCGGUCUAAGAUAAUCAUAGGCCCUCCUGACAUGGUGACGCGAGGAGAGCUGAAGCAGAGGAGUUGGAGCAGCGCUGCCUCCCCAGCACAUCCUGCUGGCCACUCAGACCACCGCAGCAGUGCCCAGGCAAUGGCCAUGGCCCCCUCCACCACCAUCGGACGCUUCUCCGUGGUCAGCACCGAGGACGACGUCACCCUGAGGACCCGCAGCAGCCGCUACUCUGCGCCGCCCGACUUCUACCUGGAUACACCCCCCUCCAUGGCCAAACGGGGGUCACUGCCGCGCGCCUCCACUACCACUUCCAUGUCUGUUGAUGUUACGGUCCACGCACACCCACGCUUCCUGUCAUCAGACUCGGGGGCGGAGAGUAGUCCCGCCAAGCUGGCCCCGGCCACACCUUCACGGCACGGCCACUCGGGGGAGCGAAGAGGAAGUGACCUCAUGAAGAGGGCGGUGGCCUUCCUGCGCCGUUCGGGCCGUCGCAGUAGUAGUGUGCAGAGCUCUGAUUCGCCGAGCCGGCAGGGGGGCGUGCACGGCUCGGCCUAUGUCAGUAGUGACAACGACUCCGAGAUGGAGGACUCGGAUAUGAAGAGAGAGCUGACCAGACUCAAGGAGAAGCAUUUGAAGGAGAUUUCGGAGCUGCAGGCCCACCAGAGAGGGGAAAUAGAGCUGCUGUACCGAAGGCUGGGUAAAGCCACUCCACCCCCACUAGGUUUCUCCCACACAGCUCCCCCCAAGCGGAAGAGCAAGCACAAGCACAAACUGAAGGCUGGCAAACUCCUCAGUCCUCUGGUACAACAGCUGAGGAACGUCACCACCAAAACCAGUGAUUCUAGCAAAACCAGUGAGCCUACAGGGAGUCUGAACGGGUCUCCAGCAAAAGCUCCAGUUCAGUCAGACAGCAAAGCCCAUUCAGGUACCAGUCACCUGGCUACCUCCAUCUCUGAGCCCGUCCAGACCCAGCAGCCCUGCUCCCUCAAGGGUUCCCUCUCCUCAGACAACAUUUACGCUGGAGCUGGACUACACGGAGAGGGGACAGGUCCACAGACUCCACCAAGCCAAGGCUGGCCCACUUACCCUCCACCACCUGAGAGAGUGACCUAUAAAUCCAGUAGCAAACCACGCGCUAGAUUCCUCAGUGGGCCUGUGUCUCUGUCUAUCUGUUUUGAGCCAAAUUACUUUGAAAAGAUGUAA